CGCUUCUUCACGCGUGCAGCUUCCUGCAGCCCACCGCCCACGCUUCCUCAUCUUUCUUCUACCAGCGCUCGGCUUUUAGCCACCGAAGUUGGCCGAUCGUCGACCCUGCCUGGACCUCCACCUCCGGCCACUGUCUUGGUCUUUCCCUGCUCUGGAUCCAUGGCAACUAGAUCCGCCCAGCUGAGUUCGUCGGACCUCUGGUCUUUGCCUCCCCACGCGCCAUGGUUGUUGGAAGCUCCAUCAGCCAUCCCGCCGAAUGUGCGACCUCUUCAGCUCGCCGGUGCUCCCUCUGCUUCUCCCAUGGCCGCCGCGCCCUUUGCUCCUCCCAGCCGGCCGAGGUCCCUCCCAUGGCGUCUUGGAGCCCCAGCUCGGCCUCCUCCCCAGCGCCAUCCCGAGCCUCUCCGUGCACGCGCCCCUGGCCCCUGCUCGGAUCUCACUCCAGCUCACCGAUCCCCUUCCCUGUCGUGGAGGCAGGCCGCUACUGCUCGGCUUCUCUGGUGCGCGUGAUUUGCCGGCCAAGUCCCUUCACCGGUGGUCUCCUCGCCGUGUGCGCUGGUCGCCUUGUGUGCUCGGCCGCGGUGCGCCCUACUCGCGUUCUAGGUUGGUCCGGGCGUUGCAGGCUCCGUUCGGCGUCGUUCCCUGCUCAGCCUUCACAGCUAGUGCGUCGUCGUUCGUCUGUGGUCGAGCGUCUGCUCCAUCCCGGCACCCUGCACUAGUGCUCGAGAAAAAUCCCAAACGAAUCGGCAUGCCAUCGUCUGCAUCGAAUGGGAGUUGUGGUGCCGACAAGUCGACAUCGUCAUUCGUCUCCUCUUCGGGUCUCCAACUUGUGUUCAUGCCAAAAACAAAUAAUCCGAGAAGAUUAGGCGUGAAAGGAAACAAAUCAGUACGCUGCCGGAGAAUUCUCGAUGUGGAUGGAGAAGAAGUGCGAUUCGAUGCGGCACUCACCAUGUGUUCGGUGAAAUGCUAGAGUUGAAAGGCGUCGUCGAUUUCGUGGUUUCAAGUCGAAUUUAAUUAUGGUAAGCUAAUUCACCACUUCUAAUAUUUGGUUUAAUGGAUGGAUUGAUAGAUAUGUAUGCAGCGACGAUUAUCCCGCUUGUAGCACGGGCACGUGUUUAUUAGACGCUUGUUGGAAUACGGGAGCUACAUGUAACGUGAUGAUUGUGUUCACGAUUGCGAGGUUGUUGUGCCGUGUAGCUAAGUUUAGGUUAAAAGACAUAGGUUAUGCGAGAAGGAUUAAAUCGGUGUUUAGUAUCCGAUGAGUGGUCGAAUUAACAUUAUGCAAUGUAGGUCUUGUGUUUCUGUUUCUAGUGUCUAGUCGAAGUAUUGUGUAUGGCGGAUUUCGUUUAGUUGUAUGGAGUCGAUGCCCUGCUAUGAUAUCCUUGAUGCUUUAUGCUUGUGAUUUGAUG